GCGCAGACCACCGAAUCAGGUCCGGCAUCAUUGUUCCUCUUCAAGAGCAGACACCUUGAUUUUUGUCUUUAAAAAGCAGAAACAAGGAGGCCUUUUGAAGCUUCACGCACGCGCUCAGUCGUGCGCCCUCGCCCUCCAGCCCUGCACCUUUAAGGCAAUGGAGAGGGACAAAGCGGCUGCGGAGACGGCGCGGGUUUGUUCCACAGCUCUGAGGCAGGGCAGGUUGUGAGCGCGGGGACCAGCGUGCGCGGGGUGUGUGCGCGGCUCAGGGAGGAUGCGUGUGCUUGUUGCUCCCCGGACGGAAAGAGGCGAAGAGAGGCUGAGUUUGCAGCGCAGCUAACGGCCAAGUGUCCGUCUGCUUCUUCCUCCACAAACGCAACUUUGGGGCUUUUUUGUCCUCUGGCUCUUGUCCGAGCGGGUUUCUGAAUUCUGUUUAUUUUUUUAUUCUUUAUUUAUUUAGGAGGCUUUUCCUCUUUUGCCUCUCAGUACUUUGCUGCUCUUUCCCCUCCCCGUGGAGUUGGCGUGUUUUCUAUGCGUCUGCAGCGACGCACUGAGCGGCGGCGCGGCGCACCUGGACCGGAGCGCACCGAGCCGAGCCUCCGGAGCUCUACGCACAGCGGCGCUCCUCUUCACUGAGGCCCGGCGCAGCGCAGCGCCCUGGCGCCAAAACUAAACCAGCAGAACCAGAGGAAAGGAGAGCUAUAAGAUGUUUCUAGAUUUUAAAAGGGACUGGCAGUUGUGGAUCAUCAAGCCGCAGUAACAGAAGACAAUCAGAAGCAGGAGGAAGCUCGAACCUCCUCCUCUUCAUCUUUUUCCCAACGAGCAGGAUUGAAAGAGAGAGAGGGGAGCGCGGCAGAGAGAGGAGAGGAGAUUUGCAGCUCCAUUUUCUCGCAUUGCUGUAGUUGAAGAAAUAAUAGGAAGAAAUUGUAAGAGAGUGCAGGAAGAGAAGAAGAACAAGCAUAAGAGUGGAUUUUGAACGGAGCGGGGCAUGUGGAUAUUGGCUCUUUUCUUUUCCCAGUGCAUCUUGAAUGUUUUCUGUGAAGACCUACGUUCCAGCUUAUAUUUUGUCAAUGCAUCUGUGCAAGAGGUAGUGUUUGCCAGCACCACGGGGACGUCGGUGCCCUGUCCCGCUGCAGGUGUGCCCCCGGUCUCACUGCGCUGGUACCUGGCUACCGGCGAGGAGAUCUAUGACGUGCCAGGGAUUCGCCAUGUGCACCCCAAUGGCACCCUUCAGAUCUUCCACAUCCCCCCUUCCAGCUUCAGCAAGCUUAUCCAUGACAACACCUACUACUGCACAGCAGAGAACCCCUCAGGAAGAAUUAGGAGCCAAGAUGUCCACAUCAAGGCCGUCUUACGAGAGCCGUACACUGUCCGUGUGGAAGACCAAAAAGCCAUGAGAGGCAAUGUUGCGGUCUUCAAGUGCAUUAUCCCUGCCUCAGUGGAGGCCUACAUCACCGUGGUGUCCUGGGAAAAGGACACAAUGUCAAUCAGCGCUGAAAUGUCGCGAUUUCUAAUAACAUCCACGGGGGCCCUUUAUAUCCUGGAUGUGCAAAUGGAAGACGGGCUGUACAACUACAGAUGUAUGACGCGACAUCGGUACACAGGAGAAACCCGACAGAGCAAUAGUGCCCGUCUCAUUGUGUCAGAUCCAAUCAACUCUGCACCCCACAUCCUGGAUAGCUUUGAGCGCCGUGAGGUGAUGGCCGCUCAUCGAGUGGAACUGCCGUGCAAGGCUUCAGGUCAUCCCACUCCCAAAUACCGCUGGCUAAAAGACAACCGGCCACUGGAGCCAGACACAAGGUUCAGACAGAGCGUGACAGGCCUGCUCAUCGAGAGAGCCCAAUCCAGUGAUACAGGGACGUAUGUGUGUGAAGUGUGGAACAGCUAUGGCAACGCUGAGGUGGUUGGCAGGCUGCUAGUAAAAGAGCCAUUGAAGGUAACGGUGAGUCCAAGGAAGGUGAAGGGCAGCGUGGGAAGCCAGGUUUCACUGUCCUGUGGUGUCACAGGCUCUGAGGAGUACCAGCUGUCCUGGUACCGCAAUGGAGAGCUCAUCUACCCCAGUAACAGUGUACGCAUGACAGGCCAAAACAGAGAAAACCUGGUCAUGGCUGGAAUGGCCAAGAGUGACGGAGGAGCCUAUCAAUGCUUCGCCAGACAUGGCAAGAUGUCUGCCCAGGACUUUGUUCAAGUUGUGUUGGAAGAUGGCACUCCCAAGAUUCUAAGUUCAUUCAGCGAAAAGGUCUACAACAUCAACGAUUUUCUGUCACUGUCAUGCACGGUGAAAGGCACGCCAGAACCCCGGGUAACAUGGUCUCUGGAUGACGAACCCGUGAUAAGGGACAGCCGACACCGCAUCUCCUAUUACAUCAAUGUUGAGGGCCAUGUGGUCAGCCAUCUCAACAUCAGCCAGACUCAGGUCCCUGAUGGAGGGGUGUAUCGCUGCAUCUGCAAUAACUCGGCUGGGACCGUUUCCUACCAGGCGCGAAUAAACGUAAGAGGCCCUGCAAGCAUCAGACCAAUGAAAAACCUCACUGCCAUCGCUGGCCGGGACAUGUACAUCCACUGCCGUGUUAUUGGCUAUCCCUACUACUCUAUCAAAUGGUACAAGGACUCCAACCUGCUGCCUUACAACCACCGGCAGCGGGCCUUCGAGAACGGCACGCUCAAACUCUUUGACGUGCAGAAGGACGUGGAUGAAGGAGAGUACACGUGUAACGUGCUGGUGCAGCCGCAGCUGUCCACUCACCAGAGCGUCUAUAUUACUGUGAAAGUUCCACCCACCAUCCACCCCUUUGAGUUUCCACGGUUUUCCAUCGGGCAGCGGGUGUUCAUCCCCUGCGUGGUCAUGUCUGGUGACCAACCCGUUUUCAUCACCUGGCAGAAGGACGGCCGACCAAUUCCAGCCAGCCUUGGAGUCACUAUAGACAACAUCGACUUUACCAGCUCCUUGCGUGUCUCUAACCUCACACUCAUGCACAACGGAAACUACACCUGCAUUGCCCGGAACCAGGCUGCUGCUGUGGAGCACCAGAGCGAACUCAUUGUCCGAGUUCCCCCCAAAUUUGUGGUCCAGCCAAAGGACCAGGAUGGAAUCUAUGGGAAAUCAGUGACACUAAACUGCUCAGCUCAAGGUUACCCCGUUCCUACCAUCCAGUGGGAGUAUUCCAAAGGAGCUGGGGUUCCUCAGUUCAAACCCAUUGCUCUCAACUCGGGCUUUCGGAUUGAGGUGCUGGUGAACGGCUCUCUGCUUAUCAAGCAUGUUCUGGAAGAGGACAGCGGCUUCUACCUGUGCAGAGUCAGCAACGAUGUGGGGGCUGAUGUCAGCAAGUCCAUGUAUCUGAACGUCAAAAUCCCCGCCAUGAUCACGUCGUACCCAAACACCACACUGGCCACGCAGGGAGAGGAGAAGAAGAUGAGCUGCACCGCCCACGGAGAGAAGCCCAUCAUGGUGCGCUGGGAGAAGGAGGAGCGCAUCAUCAACCCUGAGACCAGUCGCUAUGUGGUUUCUGUCAAGGAGGCGGGCGAUGAAGUGGUCUCCACCCUGCAGAUUAUGCCCACAGUGAGGGAGGACUCCGGCUUCUUUUCCUGCCACGCCAUCAACUCGUACGGUGAAGACAGAGGAAUCAUCCAGCUUACAGUUCAAGAGCCGCCAGAUCCUCCAGAGGUGGAAAUCCGAGAGGUGAAGGACAGAACCAUUGCUCUGCGCUGGACCAUGGGUUUUGAUGGCAACAGCCCGAUCACAGGCUUUGACAUCGAGAGCAAAAACAAAUCAGCCUCCUGGGAGACAGCUCAGAAGACCAAAGAUGUUUCCCCUCAGCUCAACCAGGCCACCAUCAUCGACCUGCACCCCUCCUCCACCUACAACAUUCGCAUGUUUGCCAAGAAUCUCAUCGGCAAGAGCGAAGCCAGCAACGAGCUCACCAUCACCACAGACGAAGCAGCUCCUGACGGACCUCCUCAGGACGUCCAGCUGGAAGCUCUCUCCUCUCAGAGCCUCCGAGUCACAUGGAGGCCGCCCAAGAAACACCUCCAAAACGGAGCCAUUAAAGGAUACCAGGUGGGCUACAGGGAGUUCAGCUCUGGUGGAAAUUACCAGUUUAGUGUGAUCAGUGUGGAAACCACGGGGGACAAUGCAGAGAGCCUGGUCCUAGAUAACCUAAAGAAGUUCACCCAGUACGGCGUGGUGGUGCAGGCCAGUAACAGCGCCGGGACAGGGCCGUCGUCCACUGAGGUGGCUGCUACCACGCUAGAGGACGUGCCCAGUCGACCUCCGGAGAAUGUCCAGGCUGUUGCAACAUCUCCAGAGAUCGUUUCCCUCUCGUGGCUGACUCCUCCCAAAGACGCUCUGAACGGAAACCUGCUGGGCUUCAGGGUCAUCUACUGGGCCAACCUGCCUGAUGGAGAGCUGGGAGAAAUCAGGAACGUGACCACGUCAAAACCCUCUCUGGAGUUGGAUGGCUUGGAGAAAUACACCAACUACAGCAUCCAGGUGUUGGCCUUCACCAGAGCAGGGGACGGAGUCCGCAGCGAACAGAUUUACACCCGCACCAAAGAAGACGUUCCUGGUCCUCCAGCCGGGGUGAAGGCAGCUGCUGCCUCCAACUCUGUGGUGUUUGUGUCCUGGCUUCCUCCUUCCAAAGUCAACGGUAUCAUCAGGAAAUACACAGUUUUCUGCUCCAACCCACACCCUACGGUGAGCAGCGAGUUCGAGGCGGCACCAGACGUGUUCUUCUACCGCAUCCCCAACCUGAGUAGGAACAGGCAGUACAGCGUCUGGGUGGUGGCCGUGACUGCUGCAGGCCGUGGAAACGCCAGCGAGGUCAUCACUGUUAAACCCAUGGCUGAAGCUCCAGCUCGGAUCCUGACCUUUAACCGGACAGUAACCACACCUUGGAUGCGAGACAUUGUGCUGCCUUGCAAAGCUGUUGGAGAUCCGUCACCAACCAUCAAGUGGCUCAAGGACAUCAAUGAAAGCCCUGCACCUGUUGUGAUUGACAGCCGACGCAGCGUCCACGGAAACGGUAGCCUUGUUAUACGCACAGUCAAAGCAGAGGAUUCUGGAAACUAUACUUGUGGCGCCAGUAACAGCUUUGGCUUGGACAAAAUUGUCCUUAAUCUGCAGGUUCAAGUUCCUCCUGACCAACCUCGCCUCACUGUGACCAAGACCACCACCACAUCUAUCACCCUGUCCUGGAUACCCGGAGACAACGGUGGCAGCUCCAUCAGAGGCUACAUCCUGCAGUACUCUGAGGACAACAGUGAGCAGUGGGGGAAUUUCGCCAUCAGCCCCAGUGAGCGCUCCUAUCGGCUGGAAAACCUCAAGUGUGGCACGUGGUACAAAUUUACCCUCACCGCACAGAAUGCAGUUGGCCCAGGCCGCAUCAGUGAGAUCAUUGAAGCAAAGACUCAUGGGAAAGAACCCCAGUACUCAAAAGAGCAGGAGCUCUUCACCAGCAUCAACGCCACCAGAGUCAAGCUCAACCUGAGUGGAUGGAACAAUGGCGGAUGUCCAAUAACUUCCUUUACACUGGAGUACCGAGCCGCCGACUCACCCACCUGGACAACGGCACAGCGCACCUCCCUCACCAAGAGUUACAUCCUGUAUGACCUCCAAGAGGCCACGUGGUAUGAGCUACAGAUGAAAGUCUACAACAGCGCUGGCUAUGCUGAGAAGAGAGUCAAGUUUGCCACGCUCAGCUACGAUGGCAGCACCAUCGCUCCCUUGGUGAAGGCGCCAAAUGUCAGUGAGGAAAACUCCAGUGGAGGGGAGGGUUUGAAAAUGAUGGUGACCAUCUCCUGUGUGCUGGUGGGCAUGGUCGUAGUCUUCAUCGGGCUGCUGAUGCUGAGGCGAAGGAGGAGGGAGCAGAGGCUGAAGAGGCUGCGCGAUGCUAAAAGCUUGGCUGAGAUGCUCAUGAGUAAAAACACACGUCCAGCAGAGCCAAUCAACAAGCAGCAGCAGACGCUACGCAUGCACAUCGACAUUCCAAGGGCACAGCUCCUCAUCGAGGAGCGGGACACCAUGGAGACUGUUGAUGACCGCUCCACAGUGUUACUGACGGACAACGACUUUGGGGAGACGCAGAAGCAGAAGUCAUCCACAGUCACCCACACUGUUCACUACCAGUCGCUGUCCCAGGCCACCGGUCCACUGGUUGAUGUGUCUGACGCCAGACCAGGAACCAGUAAGUCCAACCCCACUGCCCGUCGCACGGCGAAGGCUGGCCCUGCAGCCCGCAACCGCUAUGCUAGCCAGUGGACCCUGAACCGCCCCCAUCCCCCCGUCUCCUCCCACACCCUCAGCACUGACUGGAGGCUGCCCACCCCUAGAGUGGCAGGGUCAGUGGACAAGGAGAGCGACAGCUACAGCGUGAGCCCAUCUCAGGACACAGACCGAGCACGCAGCAGCAUGGUGUCAACAGAGAGCGCCUCCUCCACCUACGAGGAGCUGGCCAGAGCCUACGAGCACGCCAAGAUGGAGGAACAGCUCCGCCACGCCAAGUUCACCAUCACAGAGUGCUUCAUCUCUGACACAUCCUCAGAGCAGAUGACGGCCGGCACCAACGACUACACCGACAGCCUGACCUCCAGCACUCCGUCCGAGUCCGGCAUCUGCCGCUUCACGGCCUCUCCGCCCAAGCCUCAGGACGUCAGCCGGGUCAUGAACAUGGCUGUGCCCAAGGCCCACAGACCGGGGGGCGAGCUCGUCCACCUUCCUCCAUACCUACGCAUGGACUUCCUGUUGAACAGAGGCAUGUCCUGCUCUGGGUCAUCCAGGGGGGCAGCGGGAGGGGAGAGGGCAGCCAUGGGUCAGACCUGUCUGGAACCCCAGAAAAGCCGCUCCCUGAAGCGGCCCUCUCGCAUGGCCCCUCCAACGCCUACAGAGGCCCCCCAGGCCAGCAGGGACUCAGCGGCCCAGUGGCAGCCGGGCUCAGCAGCAACGCUCCCCCACAGGGAGGGCUCAGAGCUGGCCCAGGCUGCCAAGCUCAGCACCUCCCAGGAGUCCCUGCUGGACUCCAGAGGACACCUAAAGCAGAGCAGCAACCCCUACGCCAAGUCCUACACGCUGGUAUAACAGCAGGGGCAUGGGGGGGCGCGCUCACCCUGACACUGGACUUAACACUCAAGUGCAGUAAACUGACUUUCACCACGCAGUUGUGUACAUAUGUGCCCCCCUGCAGGGGCGGGCUCCUUUUACUAAUCUGCUUUUAUUUAUUUUAGAUUCUUUUGACAGUUUUUUGUCUAUUUUGCUUCUUUGUUCUCCUCAGAAAAAACUUCCUCAUCGGAGCUUUGCCAAACUAACAAGGGAGCGUUAUUUAUUCCUCAUUCUUUCUAGAUAAUCAGCCGUUAAUAAUUGUUAGCAGUCAGCAAUUAAUAAUUCAUUAUUGAGCACCGAAUGAUCUACUGUUACGACAAUAUUUUCAUAAGAAGCCGGACAUGUUUUUUAUUUGUGGUUCCUGCAGAGGACAAUGACGCUUUGGAGUCAUUUCUCCUUGGGAAUAUUCUUCUGAAGCUUGGAAGGACAGCUCAGCAGAUCGACUCCGGUCCAAAACUUUCCAGCUGCUCCUAAAUUGUUACCUUUUUUUUGAAAAAUACAAAAAUCUAUUUCCUAUGGAUGCAUGGGGACUGACCAAGGAAAGACAACAGUGGUUCUGAAGGCGGCUGGAUGGCCCGGUCCAGCAUUCUGUCUCUGAAAUGAUCCAAUGUGAAGAUUUAUUAUUCUUACUACGAUAAAUAUAUAUAUGAGAGAGAAAUCACUUUUAUUUGUGGGUAUUACAGGGAAAAAUUGGUUUGGUUAAUAAAGUCUUAGUCAUGUUUGCACAUAUCUGAUUUUAAUUAGGAAAAAGAGUCUCUGUUGAUCUUUGUGUCCCAUUCUUGAUGGUGCAAUAUGAAAAAAGCUAUGAAACGUUUAUGAAGACUAUACUGUAACCAUGAAGAAUUCUAUGUUUGUGAGUAUGCUUACAGGGAGGGCACGCUCCUGCUGCUGUAUUCAGGUGGUAAAUCUCAAUAGCUAGAAGAAGGGGGGGGUUGCACACCAUGCCUGCCUGGCCCUAGUGUGCCAGACCUCCCCCCCACACACACUCUCAGUGCACUAGGACGAGUCUCCGGGCUCUCAGCCUCUUCAGUAGGUCUGAUGUCGCUGCGUGGCAGUGAUGCUCCUCCACAGGGAAAAAAAAACGUGAGACAAUCCAGCAGAACCCCCUGAAACCAAACUAUAAUGUCUGUGGGAAAUAUCAGAGAAGUGUGUCAGAAGGUGUUUUCUGUUUGUUGAUUUGUUUGUUUUGGUCUGCCCUGGCCUGGUUCUGUUGGUUAUGAUUGACUGUCAUCUUUCUGAUUCUGCAUUUUAACGACAACAACGUCACGUUUUAUUUUCACGAGUGUUCACCAUGAUGGCGCUGGAAUAAAGAUGAACUAACACAAAGGUCCAGAAGUGAGUAAUAAAAUGGAUGUUCCCCAAAA